CGAUGCUCUGCCCUGAUGUGUAAUACAAGCACUCUGCUCCGGGCACAACCAACUACCCCUAUUAUACCCAAUUAAGGCCAUUAUUGAGUUACGGCUGCACAAGAAUCUCAGAACUCUCGGUGUAUGAGAAAUUCUUAGUUCUCCAAUGUCUUACGAGUCAAAUAGUUAUGGGCGGAUAUGGUCCGAUACAUGGCUGUGGGAGAUAUUGUCAAUCAUCCUCAGUGGUAGCUGCCUGGUCUUAACUACGGUGUUACUCAAGAUCUACGACCAAAAGCCACCGCCACAAUUCAUCUACGGUAUUACCCUGAAUGCUCUCAUUUCAAUCUUAGCGACCUUCUCGAAAUCAUCUCUCCUUGUUGCCGUGGCAGGAGCUAUGAGUCAGCUCAAGUGGCGGUGGUUCCUGGACCAGAAAGGGCGGAGCAUGCUUGAUACGCAGCUCUUCGAAGACGCAAGUCGUGGUCCCUGGGGCUCCGCCAUACUACUAACUACUCCUCAUAGUUGGUCCUUGGUUUCUAUAGGAGCCCUAGUUUCUAUUUUAGCUCUGGCCUUCGAUCCAUUUUCACAGCAACUUCUCAGCUACCCAAAUCGAGGAGUUAUCGUGACGGACCCUGCCGCUCAGGCAUCGAAUAUCUCUCAAGCUAGAGCUUUUGUGGCGAAUGAUUGGGGCCACACGGCUUCCGACGUCGUCGGUCGUACUACGGCUUCGUUAUAUCUUCCAGAUGGGGCUGAAGGCUUCGCAGCCGCUCAGUGUCCAACUGGGAAUUGCACUUGGGACGAAUUCGAGAGUCUGGCGUUAUGCACCACUUGUCAAGACAGAAAAAAAGAAAUCAGCUUAUCUGAUCCGUCUUUGUUCUGGAAUGCUUCCGUUGGAGAUCAAGUACUGGAAUUCCCCUCUAACUACACCGUCGACAAGAGUUGUUUUCUUCAGUUCCCGGAAAAUUUUCCCUGCGAUUUUCUCCCUCGAAUCUUUUCCAUCAGGGGAAAAGUUCAAAGCCCCCUAGGUUCUUAUACGUUUCCUUCGGAGCUGGAUUACCAAAAGCACCUAUUUGAAACCUCCAUGCCCCCGGACCAGGUUUACUUCGGUGGUAAUAUAUCCUUUCGCAGCAGCAUAGUUCAGGGCAACACUAAACCGAAUUUAACUGAGUGGAAGCUCCGCCAUUUACCCCUCCUAACAUUUUGUCACAUCCGGCUUGAUAAAGAAAGUAACAACGGCUCAGAGAAACCCUACAUUGGAGAAGCGACCACCUGUAACUUAACUCCAUGUGUCAAGAGAUAUGACUUUUCGAUUUCGAACGGCACCCCGAACAUAAAGAUAGUUGGCGAUCGAUAUGGGUCGUGGUACUUUAAUACGACGGGCCUAGUGCUCACGAAUGGGGAGCUACGACAAGAGAAUGACGAUAGAGCCUUUAACGAAACACUUUAUCUAUCCUGGGAUGACAUGGUUGGAGAAAAUGGGCGGAUUUCCACAUUACAUAACACGACCAGGCCUCCCAUGUCAUUUAUGAUCAGUGAUAAAGACUUGUUUCCAUUCCGAGAGGUGCAGAACGUAUUCCAGGGAAGGCUCCGCGCCAAGGAGAUUUUCGCAGAUGACAAGCGUAACCGUAUUUCGAAUAACAGCGGUAUCCAUUUCAAGCAAGAAUUCUUCCUCAGCUCCGACUCGUAUGCAGACCCAGAUCCGAUGGCAGCAGCAUUUGGAGGCUCAGACCCGUUAGCAUCCACAGGCCAGAACUCCUUGGCGCCUCUAUCCGUUAGUUUACAGCAAAUUGCCGACAACGGAGGGUUAUCAUGGUUCAUGCCUAGAUUGGCAGCUGAACUGAGCAAAUAUUUUCGGGAGGAAGACGGAAUUCCUGUCAUAGGACGAUCCUACACUACUGUCACAAUUGUCGAAGUUCGAUGGCCCUGGCUAUCGUUGCCGGUGGUUACUUUGGUCUCCGCGGCGGCAUUUCUCAUGUUAACCAUGUGGACUUGUCGUGGCGCUGACCAGGUGCUAUGGAAAACAUCAACCUUACCUUGGAUUUAUCAUGGCUUCGAGGCCCACAAUAUCGAAGUUAUCAAAGCGACUGCGGACAGACUUGAUAGUGUCAGUGGCAUGGAAAAUUUUGCAAAGACUCUCCGUGCGAGGCUACAAAAAGAUCCGGUUGACGGGCAACUGAAGUUGAAAAUGAUGCGUUAAAACUAGUGAUUCUCCUGAUCGCUGAUAAUAAAGGAGGAAAAAGAAAACACGUUGGAGGCGGAGGGUAUCGAGCGAUCAUUAUCAAUAUAUAGAGCAUAUUUGAUGCGCGGAAUGGUACAGGGAGUUAUGUAAUAUACUGUAUUACAGGCAUCGAAGAAGCAAAUUUGGGUUACAACAGUCAGUGAGGCUUGGAUUUCUCUGCUAAAGGACAGCUUCGUGUAAGAGGAGACAGGAGAGUUACGAUAAAUAUACAGAUGGUG